CACAACUCACUCGGUCGUCUUCACUCGCGGUGCCUAACGUCCGCGAAAGGUUUUAAACAGUUUGAAAGUACGCGUUAGUGUUUGUGCAGUGAUUUGUGUGUGUUUGGAAGAUUGUAUUGGAUCAAAAUGCGGUGGAGGGGGAGCGACACCAGAAUGAGAACUAUACACCAAUCUCAUAUCUUGCUCUUUUUACUAGUUACGAUAGUUUCACUAGGCGUUUGCGAUGGGUCGCGAAGAGCACAACGGCGAAAGGACUCAAACCUCUACAUACCAGCGCCAAGCGCGGAGUCAAUCCAGGCGCUUGCUGAAGCCAUGGGCGCCGCUGGCUUCGAGAGCUACACGGAGGGCAAGGCUCUAGUGAAACGGCUCAUACCAGCGGACAGCCAGCCUGAUUUGGAUGUUGUUGAACAUCAAGGAGUCAUCGGCAGAGCGGGUGUUGACUUCCCUGCUCUACCUAACAUUCCGAAUACAGGAUUUAACUGCAAGAACGUGCCUACAGGAUACUAUGCCGACUUGGAGACUGACUGCCAGGUUUUUCACAUCUGUGACACAUCACGCAAGAUUUCAUUCCUCUGUCCAAAUGGCACCAUCUUCAGCCAGUCGCACCUCAUCUGUGACUGGUGGUUCAAGGUGGACUGCGCUUCCUCCCCAGCUCUCUACGAAUCCAGCGUCGAAUAUUACUCCAACGAACAGAAGAAGUCACAGAAAAUCACCAAGAGCCUUAGUAAAAACUCUGACCUGCAGCAUAUUAACGUUGACACUAAUACCCGCACGGAAUCUAGACGACCGACGGUCAAUACACCAAGUACCACUGAAAGAUUUCUUCGACAGAGGCAGCGAUUCCAAAACGACGCACCUGUAACAACUCAGAAACCCACUACAAGAAGUUUUCAAACACCAUUCAAUAUUAACCCAACACAACGUGUUCAAGCGCCAGCUGGUUUCGAAAAAAGACGAAAUCUAGUACAACUCAUAUCUAACAAUUUUGGAAAUGUUCCAGCUAGAACUACUCUGCCUACCUAUUAUGAAAUUCCUACGCGAAGAACGACCGCUCCAGCAGGAGAUUAUAACAGCAUAAAAGAAAUGCAAGAAGCAGCGGAGACUGCAUCUUUCGCUCAAAAUCAAAACCGACAAUACCUUCAGAACUAUAACAACAAGAAUUUCCGCCCCUACCCCGUGUACAGUCCGAACUUACCACCUAAAUCUUCAAAAACGAAAAACAAUCCUUCCCUAACGACGCUCUAUGACAUAAAACCUCAGCCCAUUUCGCCAUACACACCAGAAACGACCACGAAGAGACAAACAUUGGUACCUUAUACGAGAAGUUAUGCAAGUAUAAUUAAUGAAAAACGUGAACCCUACACAAGGCCUGGAGUCUCAUUACUUAAAAAUUUCCUCGACAAAGAAAGGAAUAGAACAUAUUCAGAAACAACACAGAAACUGGAAGAGGCUACUACAAAGGCAGUCGAACAAGAUACAUCAACCCAAUCGAGUAAAUAUAUUAAAGUGGCAGAUAGUAUUUUCGAAUCUUCAACGAAAAUUCCUUACACAACAAGAGAUAAUAGAAUAACUGAAACUGCAUCUACAAAUACAUUCGAAACAUUUUCAAAAGGUGUAGAGGUUCAUACAACAACGGAACCAACGUAUCAAGAACGUAAACAAAGAGUGUUAAAGAAAUUUAAUUUUGAUUCAUUUAGACAAACCGAACCUUCACUGCAAACUACGAUUACUGAAAAGUAUUACGGAGAUCAACCAAAUAGACCUGGUUUAGUCGUCCCUCCCUCCCUAACACCUAAGACGCUUCAUUCACUUGCUAUUUAUUAUGCCACUGCCAUGGAUAAUCUUCAAACUUCACCACCGCGCGAUAACAAAGAAGCAACAACGACAACAGCUGCUGAUGACAUAGGACAAACCGUAGAUGAACUUCCAAAUUUGUUUAGUCGUCAAACAAUAAAUAAAUACAGCAGCUUAUUUGGUCAAGGGGCUAGUAAUGCGGAGCUAUUGGAAGAAAUAAAACUAGACCCCAAUGGAACAUACAACGAAUUAGCAGAAGAUUUAUCGAUUCAAAUGAGUCAGGCUUCGUUAGCGUCUUCACCUCAAAUAAGGGAACUAGCGCAAGUGUUUACUCAUGCUCUCUCUGCGUACCUACAAGAUCCCGUACAAUUUAGGAAAGUCCUUUCUGAUAUCCGACCAACUCCACCGUCGUUUGGUGACAUGUUAACCGCAACAGAUGAUUCCCUAAAUACUGAACCAACAACAACAAUUAAUGAAGAUGACGAUGAAAUUUUAGGAUUUUCUGAUGACCAUAAACUAAGGGAGCCUAAUAAUUCGUUCAGAGACGCCAAAGCUUUGAAACUGGCGACAGAGUAUGCGUACGAUACAACUACAACUGUAAGGCCGACAACUACGGACAUACCGUCUACAGUGUAUGUUCCAACAACUCCCAGAAAUCCAUUUAAAUGUUGCGGAAGAAUAUCCGCUUCAUACACUACAGCACCUACACCUACAAUUCCAUACUAUUUCACCACCACCCCGCAAUCAAUUUUGAAUAAAUUGUCCAAUAGUCCAGUAGUAGAUGAAACAACAAGAGAUAGUUAUACUUUAUCGCAUUAUGGUGGUUUGCAAAAUAAUACAUACAGACCAUAUGGUAGCGAAUGGUUCCCUUCAAGCGCUAAAAUUAUUAAUGAUUACACAGAAGUUACAAAUUUACCUACAGCCUGGGACGAUGAUGUAGUUGACUCCACGCUCCAACCGAUCACCAACUCGCACCAAUCAUUUGAAAGCAAGAAGAUUAGAACAACCACAUCACUGCCAGAACCUUCUCCUACCUAUUUCCCAGAAAACGAAAGUGUAGAAUUAGAAAAUGAAGAAGAACUACAGAGAGCUCAUAGUCAAUCGUUUGUAGCGCCUCAGAGUAACACUCUUAGACAAGGCAAACAAAUAAACAUUCAUGACAAGAAUCUUCCAAAGAAACCCUCUUAUGAUUUAGAAGCUCCGACAUACCCUGACGUUGAUACGACGACAUUGAGAGUUACGACACAAUCUUAUACUACAACGGUCAAAGAUCAAACUGAAGAAUAUACAACGACAACACCAAUAUCCAGUAGUAUAUUUACAUCGCCUGACACUGAAAAGACAACAUACGAAUUCCAAUGGCCAACAACAUUCGAAAAUUGGCAGAGCACAAUAAUCGAUCCAAUCACCUUGAACGAUGGACUCAGUGCAACUAGCCGCGACGAGAGCCUAUCGAAAUUAGUUCAGCAAACUAACAACCUAGCAACGACAACAAAUGUUCCAUCUACUACUUAUUAUUCAACGACAGAACAAGCACAACCAUCCACGAUAUAUUAUGAAGUAACGACAUCAAAUGAUAUUCAAAACAAUCGAGUAGGAAAAGCUUUAAGAGAACCAACAUCAACGGAAGUAUCACAAGACUUAACAACUAUCGCUGAUACGGUCGUCGAAAAAGCGAAAGAAAUCAUGGGCGGUAUGAACUCAACGACGACCCAAAAACUAAUGAACGUUAUGAAGAAAACCAAAUCGAAAACUGUUAAACGUUUAAUACUUUUAUUAGUACAAACCUGUGAUGACGAUCAUAAUUCUACAGCGGAGGCAUCAAAGAAAGCUUUAUUAGAGGCUCUUAUGGCAGUUUCACAGAAAGAUAUGGAAGAUAUCGCAAAAGAGGAACUAGCAACUGAAACGACAAUCCCUGAUAUUGAUUACAUACAAUCGACACAAUAUAGAAGAAGUGACAGAAUACCCGUAGAAAGUCGACGAGGUAAAAGCUUAAACACUGACGCGACAGCAGUGAAUUCUCUUUCAAACCCAACAACGCAAACAUCAGAAACCGAGGAGACUGAGAUUACAACGCCAAGUACAAUCACGACUACAUUCCCGAGUAGACGAAGUGCUAGAAAGUUCCAGACUAAAGCCCCGGAAGAAACUACGACGACCACAACAAUAGUAGAUAGACCAGUCGCAGAAGCGAGGGUUGCUAUUCAAGAAAAGACUCAAUCUGAUACGCGAGCGAUCGAAUUAUUAAGAUCUCUGUAUUCUAUAGCGGCCAAAUUUGGUUAGAUGCCUCUAAACGUUACAUAGAUUAUAAGCUGUAAUGGUCUACAUGGUCUAGAUUAUGAAAGACGUUGAAAUCUAUGCUCGCAUUAAGAUCCUAUUUUUUCCUGUAAAUGUGAUUCAUUGUAGAUAACCAUUUAUUUUGUAAGAUUAAAUACAAUUUUACUUUAAGGUUAAACUUACGCCCUAGUAUAAAUUAAACUUAAUUUAUUGUGUUUUGUUAAUUUUAAAGUUUGACUUGCCGACUAGUAUUUAAUUAAGUUAAGCCUUAGACGAAUUCUGAAGUUACCUACAUUUUAUUUGACUCUUUAAUACUGCCAACUGUAAUAUAAAUUUAAAUGUAUAGUAAUGUAAGACUAUUUUGUAAUAAAUAUUUUUUAUAUUA